UUGUCUGCGCGGGCAGUGCGUCGACCGCACGCCCUUCCAUUCACGCGAAUGUAUCUUCUUCACAUUCGAAAAAUAAUCCGCGUAUAGUGUGUCGCACUGUUUAAUUAUUAUUAUUUAAUAGUUAAUAAUCACAGUUUAAUUAGUAAAAUGUGUUCAAGAAGUUUAUCUAUUUAUAUUAAUUUGGCAUUUAUCGCAUGCUGCGUUGUAGCCGACUGCGGUCCAAGAUUAAAAUACACGUGGGGUGAUGCAUUACAAGGAACAGAUUGUCCAGGACCGGACGGAGCUGCAUACCCCAGGCAUUUAGUGAACAGGGCGUUGAAGUCAGGACCAUGGCAGUCGUCACGGCAGGGUCGCGGGGUGCGGACAGUGGACCCUGCGAUCAUGAGGAGAGCACUACUUGAUGCUCAUGCCGGAUAUUCCGAGAGCGCCAGAGUUCAUUCAGGUGGAAAUAGAACUGGUCGUGCCACAAACCUGCCAGGAUUAUCGCCGGCACCUACAAACUCUUGCGGUGGCACUCGCCUCUGUAGGACGCGGUACAACACUACAGCCCCCAUGUACGGCGUGUCACUGACGUCGGGUCAGCCAGUCACUAUCGUGCAGAAGUUCCCAGAUUUACUGCAGCAGGUCGUCUUCGAGGUUUGCGAAUCAAGUGAGUGUUCGAUGGUCCGAGGGACGUGUUCUCAAACGUACGUGCCUUACCUAUUUCUGGUACUACCAUUAGGUCCCGUCACGCUAACCGGUCAGGACUACGUGCUCGUCGAGUCUGGCUGCGUCUGUAGACCAGACCCGGUCUCGUAGACCUAGACCUACUCUAGAGCAUUUAGUGUGAAGAAUUAGGGGAACAAUUAAUCCGUCCACAAGUAAUCUUUAUUACGAGUUUCGAAUCGUCUUUUAUUUUUGGUUUUUGGAGAAUAGUAUGUGCAGAGAAUUAUGUUAAAUGAAGAUAUUUAAAAAAGCUUUUUUAUGUCAC